UUUGAGUGAGGAAAGCUGUCACUAAGUGGGAAAAAAACAAAGCAGCGGCUCCGUGUUUGUCACGUGGUCGGGAGGCUGUGCUCUGGAUUACAGUCCGACUAGGAAACACUAAUAAAAAUGGCUGAGAAGGCGAAGAACGAUGCUGAGGAAUUUGUGAUGGACUUGGCAGAACAUGUCAAGAAACAGAGAUGGUGGAAUAAAGUGUUUGGCAACAAUUCUGGGCCAGCUGCCGAGAAGUAUUCGGUAGCAACCCAGCUCGCUAUCGGUGGAGUGACUGGCUGGUGUGCAGGGUACCUGUUUCAGAAAGUUGGGAAACUGGCAGCAUCAGCAGUAGGUGGAGGCUUCUUUUUGCUUCAGAUUGCCAAUCACACAGGAUACAUUAAAGUUGACUGGAAGAGGGUUGAGCGGGAUGUGAACAAGGCCAAGAAACAGCUAAAGCUAAAUGCUGAGAAGCCACCUAAAGAAGUGAGGACAAAAGUGGACGAGGUGCAGACAUUCGUGAAGAAGAACAUCGUCCUCACAGGGGGCUUUGCUGGAGGAUUUCUGCUCGGCCUGGCCUCAUAAGAAGCCUCUCCUUUGUUUUGUGUGUUAUACAGUAUAAAACAAAAAGAUGUCUGCUUUCAACAUGUAACAGCUUUUGGCAUUCAAAUAAUCGCUACUGCAGCUUUAACCAAGUACUCGUUACAUUAAAGAUUUAUUUAUAUACUGUAGCUAUUUUAUCUUGUCUUUCUUAGCAAACGCAGCUACUAAGUAAUGCUUGAAAUAUUUGUAAUGAGUUUAUUUUAUAGUUUUGUUUAGUUUUUUUUUUUUCCUUUGGCAUGUACAUUUUUUUUUUCACAUUUUCGCUCACUUUCCCUUUGAUUUUGUUACAGUUCAUUUGAACCAUUUUGGAUUAUGUGAUGUGAAUUUGAUUUGUGGUGUGAGUAUUUGAUACAUACUGUUAAAGUAUGUAUGACUAAAGAUGUCCACAGUAUGUGUACGGCACCCUUUAAAUUCUCAGUAUGUUAAAAACUGAAAAGUUAAAGGAAUGUUCAAGAAUUUCCCCUCAUGCCAAAAUUCAGCAAAAUAUGGAACUCAUUCGUUUUAGAAGGAGAGGAAAUACUCAAUAGGAUUUAGUCCAAAGUUGUAUUUUCUUAAAAUAAAAGUGAAACUUUUAAGUAAAUCA